AUGAAUCCAGAAGACCAGUUUGCUCAGGAUCAGAGAUUGAAGCAUAUUUAUCCUUUGUCAGAGCGUAGAAAUCAAGCAUCGCCAGUUCAAAACGUUUUUCUGCAUCAACAACCUACUGGAGAGAUUCAGCAUCAACCUACUGGAGAGAUUCAGCAUCAACCUACUGGAGGGAUUCAGCAUCAACCUACUGGAGAGAUUCAGCAUCAACCUACUGGAGAGAUUCAGCAUCAACCUACUGGAGGGAUUCAGCAUCAACAACCCACUGGAGGGAUUCAGCAUCAACAACCCACUGGAGGGAUUCAGCAUCAACAGCUACUGACAAGUAAUCUACUGUUGACUCACCCAAGACCAGAAAAUUUAGCAUUAGAUCUCAACAUUAUACCGCCUGUACAGCUCCCAGAACUGGGGGAGGCAGGACCUCUGUCAUUUCGACAACAAGCUAGCAUUUUUAAGCAAUUUCCAAACCAAAGUAUAUACCAACUGCAUUUGCAUAUGCCGCAACAGCGAGCACAAACAAUUCCCUUCAAUUACCAAACAGUGGUGCCGCAAAGUCUUAAUACUGAACCUAUACUACCAUUUGCAUCUACAUUAUCGAGACAACAAAAUGACUCGCGGUUUUUCCCACUGAUACAACUGAGCUUUAUACCUCAACCUAAUUAUCAGCCAGUGUCUUCUCCCGCGCCCUUAUAUGCAUUACAAACUUUGCCAGAAACAACUUUGAAAGAAGAACAAACUGGGAAAACACCAACCACGGCGACAACUAAGAAACAUAAAAGAAGUAAGUCAAGUUCGACUGCUAGCUCCAGCUCAACAGUUCCCGGAGAAAAUGAGUUAAAACAAUUUGCCAUGACGAAAUUGAAUAUCCCUUUAUCUGAAUUAGCUCAGAAAAUUAAGAUGCUAGAAAACGAUCAACAACAGCAUUACCAGCAGCAGCAGCAACAACAACAACAACAACAACAACAUUCUGCUCGUGGAAAUCAAGAUACACCAACACUUUUGGACCCAAGUAAUAACAGGGAAACACAACGUCAAAUUUUUGGUAUGGUUUGGCUCUUAAAUUCUUGUGAAAUUUCUCCAACAUCAGUUAUACCAAGAAAUAGAAUUUAUGCAAGAUACGUACAAGUAUGUGCUGAUAAUAACUUGUCACCAUUAUCACCUGCGAGUUUUGGUAAAUUGGUGAAGAUCCUUUAUCCGAAUAUAACUACAAGAAGAUUGGGUAUGAGAGGACAAUCUAAAUAUCAUUAUUGUGGCGUGCAAUUGAAGGGUGACCAAAAUAUGCAAUUAGAGAUGUUGCAACAGCAACAGCAACAACAACAACAACAACAACAGCAACAGCAACAGCAACAGCACCCGCACCAGCAACUGAAAUUGCUGUCUAAUCAAUUAGUAACUGGACCCGGAGGUGUCAUGGAUUCACCACUGUCAUCAGCAAAUUCAUCUUCGGGAUCAUAUGACGACUCUCCCAAGUCAGCACUGCAUAUGUACACACCAUCAUAUACUCCAAUAAACUCACCUAUAAUAACGACAACUUCGUCCAUAUCUGAUCAAUUACCGCUGGUGGGUCAUAUGAAAUAUAUUCCUAAUCUUUUCAAGUUAUUAAGUGAUGAACUGAUAGCCACUGAAUCCUAUCCGUAUUCCCCGAUUAUUUUACCGUCGAUUUACCCCUAUUUACCUAAUGACGUGGAUCGCGAUUUAGCAGAUACGUUGCAUUCUCUCUAUAAGGUGCAUGUCAAUUCCAUUUUUGAGUCUUUGAGAUAUAUGCAAUUAAAGACAUUAUAUGUGUGUUUUAACAAUUUCAAUAGCAUUUUGACAGUACCCGUGUUUAAAUUAUAUACAGCCGAGUUUGUAUUGGAGUGGGUCAAACAAUGUGAUCUCCUUAUGUACAAGAAGAUGAUUAGAAUGUUGAGCAAGUUACAGUUGCAGUUUAUGAUUCCACAAGAAACCAUUGAUCAAUUAAAGCAAAUUUCACAAACAUAUAUGAAAAACCUUACAAACAGUAUUAUCACCAAUAGCAAGAUCCCUAAGAAGUUCAUAUUAAUGAAAUUGAGAUUAGCUAAACACUUUAUCAAUUUGUUGAGCCGGCUAAUUAGAAAUUUAGAAACGGGGCACCCUGCGUCGCGAAUCUUAAACGAUGAGAAUGAAACUUCAGCAAUGGUUCAAGAUUGGUGUAAGUUAGAUUUAGUUGGAUUGAUAUCAAGAGAGAUUCCAUGCAACGAAACAAGUGUAAAUUCAUUAAUCCAUAUUAUGACUGAAGAAGUUUGUAAAUUAAUUAAACCAUCAACAAAGGACACAAAUGAGCCCCAUGCUACUGCUACUGCUACUGCUACUGCUACUGCUGCCACUACUGCUGCUACUGCUACCGCUGCGACACCAAUGAAUGUAAUUGCUGAUUUCGUUGCUGGAUUACCUGCGAGGUUUCCUGAAAUAAAUGCGCGAUUAUUCUUGUUACUCACUUCAAACUUUCUAACUACAUGUUUAAGAGAAAUAAGCUUAUCUGGAGGUGAAGGGUUUGGUGCGUGGUGGAUAGUGAGGUGCUGGGUCGAUGAGUAUCUUGCGCUCAAUAUGGAGUUGGGGGGAUUUUUCCAAGACGAUUUAAUGACUUGUCAACAAAACGAGAGACAAUAUUCAAGUCUGUACAGUCAAACUCAGCACCAAUUACCACCACCACCACCACCAUUAUCACAGCCAAGUUAUGGAGUUCCCCCCAUGAGUAUGGAACCAUUAUUUGGGGUGAUUGAUUUACUAGAAACAUCAUUUGAUUAUGAUAGAGGACGCCUCCACAACCAAUCGGGAAGAAAUGAGCUAUCUGGUAUCAAGCAAAAGGAUCAAAAUGAAGAAGCAUUAUUGCAUUUUAAUACAAAUAUUUAUUGA